AUGCAGUCACAAGACUCGUCUUCGUCAGCGCUGUUGCCGGGAUCUAGACAAGUUGCGCCGUUGAGAGAUUCACCUUCUGACUCUCGUAUUAGCUUGUCGUCUGAUGCUUCUGCAAGCAGCGAUAAUGCACCUGCAAACGCUCCCGCGACUUUGUAUUCAGGAUCAAGUAGUGAAAUCUCGUCGACAGCAGCUUCUGAAAACUCGAACUCGGAAUUUUCUGAUAAGACUUCUGCAAAUGUGUCAAUUGCCGACGCAACACCCGAUCAGAUACCAUGGAGCCCGCCUCCGGUGCCUGAUAUUCCCAAAAUGUCGUCUACUACUGUAUCAUCGGGGUCCGACAGCUCUUCUUCCGCUACUAGCUCGUCGGAGACUUAUGAAAAUGCUGGCUCGUCUAGCUCGGUGGACGUUCCAUUUAGCCCCCCCCCAAUAGCGAGUACACCACAGACGAAAGCUUUGAAGACAAGCCAUGGAUCCGACCUGUCAGACUCGACGGAUAGCUCCAAUGUAUCGCCUUCUUCGAAUUCUGAUCUAUCAUCCCAAUCAUCCGAAUCAUCGGAUGAGCCAUGGAGUCCUCCUCCAGUGGCAUGGAGUCCUCCUCCGAUACCUAGCCCACUAAGUCAAAGUUCUACUUUGUCUGGCAAGACUUUGACGUCUUCAAGAUCCGACUCCUCAUCCAACUCCAAAGAUUCGAUGUCAGCUAAUCCUGUGAAAACCGCAAAACCUACUGCAUCGAAAUCUCCACCGUCUUCUGAUGAGGGCGCGGCGAGUCCCGCUCCUGUAACUCGACCUCCAACUGUGACAAAAAAAUUGAAAGAAUCCUAUGACGAUUCUCAGACUUUGCUCACAUCAAAAUCACCGGAAGGUUCUAACAAAGGCAACACCACUUACGAGGCAGAAGUUACAUUUGAAUCGAUUGAGUCGACGUCGCCGAGUCCUGCUCCUAGAACAAGGACGCCCAUGGUAGGCUUUCAGAUAAAGCAUGCAGCUGACGCUUCGUCGGACUUAGUCGGAAUUGUAAUUCCUGCAGACAUUCCCGACGUUAAAAAUUCGACUGCUAGAGCAGUGACAAAACAUACUGAUCCAGGCAGUCAGGAUCAAAGUGAAAUGCAGACAACUAAAGACGACCAUCUAGUCGUGUUAGGUGACACUGCCUCUGCAAUCAUUUAUACGGACGGAAGUCAAAUGACGACGUUUCAAAAGUACAGUCGAGGGAACGGUGACCUACAAGCACUCAGAGAUUCUAGCGGAUCAUUCAGUCACCUUAUCGUGGGUGGCGGCAACCGAGCGAAUCUGCCACCAGGUGCGUCCAUUUCGCUUUCGGCGACGUCCCAAGAGAUUCAAAACGCAUUGUUAUACGCAAGUUAUGCGCUCGGUAUUGUCUCGGCAAUCUUAUUGAUGUUUUUCCAUGUCUUGGCGCUGCACCGACCACCGUGGUUACGUGGGACUUCACAUGGCAAUCGUCGUGCUAGCAUAGAAUGGUUUACACCAAACGUGUGGGAACUAGCGGUCGUCGUGGGCUAUAUGCAGCAUAUCAACUCGAUCGCAAUGCUGGAACUCACUAAAGCGCCUCAGAUCGUCUUGGACUAUACUGACUCGUUCUCGAUCGUGAAUUUACAUUUUUCGUCGGUAACGACGACUGCGGCAUCAGUAGCUGCCCGAAGGUUGCAACUCAUUAUCUUGACAGGCGUGGUGGCGUUUGCUGACCGUAUUGGCAUCAAUGAAGACGAGGUGCUGCUCAACGCCUUUUGGACCUUUCUGGCGGUUCUAGCUGCUGUAGUGAUGCUCUUUGCAUUGUUUGCUGGCUCAGCCUACUAUAACCACAGUAUGUCGGAAGAUGCGAAAUCAGCGUUCUAUCCCACACAAUUGCGCCACAGCUCUGCUAUGUGCAUCGUGGGUCUAGGUGUCGCUUUGUGGAUACUCAGUAUCUUCCCAUUAGUUUCGAUGUCCUCGUUUGAAGUGGUGAUGGAGUUGCGAUAUCGUGUGGGAUUUGGCCUGGCAGUGGCUCUCUUUUCGCUUUGGGCUGUCGUAGGAGGUGGUCUAAGCUUUACAUUUUUAAGCGUACGAGCCAUUCCAAACAACGAUGCCUUUCGUUUCAAGUAUUUUGCAGUAUGGGGAACGCUGUAUGGCGGCUCCAAGAUGACGUUUCGGUAUUUUUUUGUCAUAGCGGUCGGGGUCCAAGCUCUUCUUGGCAUCGCCACUGGUGCUAUUCAGGGUGUACCAACUCAACUCGUUGCGCUGAUGGUCUCGCACCUUCUCUUUGUUGUUGCAGCCGUCAUCAUUCGUCCCUUUGCGGCUAGCUGGGUGCUUAUAUUUGUGGUGGGUCUACGUGUUGUCGCUAUUGUGAACGUGUUGUGCUGUUUCGCUUUCCUCACAUCCAGUGAAUUGAGCAUGUUCUGGCGUGCUAUAGUAGCGCAAGGUUUCGUCAUCUUUAACUCGCUCAUGUUCUUUCUGUUUUUCGCGCGGUACGUCACGAUGUUUGUGCUGGUGCUGAAGCGCUGGUCGAGUUUUGCACAGCGCGAUAGCUUCCAACAAUCACAUCACCAUAAUCUGAAGCACCAGCAGGGAAUCUAUGAUAGAGAGAGCGAAAAUCCUGUUUUUUUGACGUAUGAUAUGCGCCAUCACAAACAAUUUAACGAAUAUAACGACGGUGGUAGAUUCGAUGCGUCAGGAGCAGGAUUUACACCCACACAAGGCUCAGAACAUGGAGACUUUUCUGAAUUUACGUCGAGUCGAUUUGCAUCCACGCCAGUGUUUGCAACCGGUCGAUCGUAUAACCAACAACAACAUGCGUCAACUCCCUCGAGCUUUUUCUCUGAUCCGCGCUCGCACGAACACUUUUAUCAGUGA